AAUAACAUUAUCAGCUGUCACUCCGAGAUGGAGGAGUGCAGUAAAUGUCCUGGUGAACAAAUACAAAACAAGGUUGGAGGCUGCUUUUUCCCUAACUCAAGCGACAGCUUGUGUCAUCAGUGAAACAGGACGUGCUACACUUUAUAUGACUUUAUAAUAGUUCAUCCUCCCCAUUCUUCAUAAAUACUUUUAGAAAGCUUUUAAAACACAUAAGAAACUUCCAAAACUGAACAGAAACUUGCAGGCACAUAGCAGUCAUAAUUAGUGGUUCACUAAUAGCAUCUUUCUACCUUUCUGUGCAGGUUCAGAACAAUGGAAGCUUUGAAAGAAGCAAACACAAGCUUUGCUCUUGACUUUUUCAAACAUGAGUGUCAGGAAGAUGGUGACAAGAAUAUUUUGUUCUCCCCUUUGAGUAUUUCAUCUGCCCUGGCUACUGUUUAUUUGGGAGCCAAAGGUAAUACUGCAGAUCAGAUGGCAAAGGUACUUCACUUUAACAAAGCUGAAGGAGCCAGAAACUUUAAAGCACUCAACUUUGAAAUCAACGAACCCACUAAAAAUUACCUGCUUAAAAGCGUCAACCAGUUAUAUGGAGAAAAAACAUUGCCUUUCAGUAAGGAAUACUUACAGUUAGCCAAGAAAUACUACAAUGCAGAGCCACAAUCAGUUGACUUUGUGGGAGCAGCAGACGAAAUCAGAAGAGAGAUCAAUUCCAGGGUCGAACACCAGACUGAAGGUAAAAUCCAAAAUCUGCUGCCUCCUGGAUCCAUAGACGCACUCACCAGACUAGUGCUGACAAAUGCACUCUACUUCAAAGGAAACUGGGCAACAAAGUUUGAAGCUGAAGCUACCAGGCAAAGGCCUUUCAGAAUAAACACGCAUACAACAAAGCCAGUGCCAAUGAUGCACCUGAGUGAUAAAUUUAACUGGACCUACAUAGAAUCAGUCCAGACUGACAUUCUUGAGCUUCCAUACGUCAACAAUGACCUCAGCAUGUUUAUCCUGCUACCAAGUGACAUCACUGGCCUACAAAAGCUAGAAAAAGAAUUGACUUUUGAAAACUUGUCUGCAUGGACCAGCCCAGAAUUAAUGGAGAAAAUGAAAAUGGAAGUUUAUCUGCCCAGGUUCACGUUAGAAGAGAAAUACGACCUCAAAUCUACUUUGAGCAGGAUGGGGAUACAAGAUGCCUUCACUGAAGGUCAAGCAGAUUUCACAGGAAUGUCAGAGAAUGGCGAGCUGUUUUUGUCACAAGUUUUCCACAAGUGUUAUCUGGAAGUCAAUGAAGAAGGCACAGAGGCAGCAGCUGCCAGUUCAGCAGCACUGGUAUCACGAAGUCUUGGUGCUGCUAUUAUUUUUGUAGCAGAUCACCCUUUCCUCUUCUUUAUCAGGCACAACAAGACCCAGAGUAUCCUCUUCUUGGGAAGGUUCUCUUCCCCCUAG